AUGAGGACCUUCACCCUCCUCACUGCCAUUCUCCUGGUGGCACUCCAGGCCAAGACUGAGCCUGUGCCACCAAAAGCUGAUGAGGCUCCAGACCAGGAGUGGUCAGAGGCAGGAGACCAGGUCAUUAACAUCUCCUUUGCAGGGGAUGAAAUGUUUGCUCUUCAGGAUCCAGGUAAGAGACUCCAACAGGGAAGGGCUACAGAAACUAAAGAGGAAGUGUUGGAGGAAGGCUCUGGAAUUCAGUCUUGGAUGGUCUAG